AUGGCACAGGAGUGGAAGAAAGUGGGAGUUGAGCAGCUGCGGCUUAGCACGGUAGACAUGAUCGGAGUCCCAACCUUGGCUAACCUGCAGAAAGGAGUCCAGUUUGUUCUCAAGUACCAGUCACUGGGCCAGUGUGUCUAUGUGCACUGUAAGGCCGGGCGUUCCAGAAGUGCCACCAUGGUGGCAGCGUAUUUGAUUCAGGUGCACAACUGGAGUCCAGAAGAGGCUGUACGAUUCAUCACCAACAUCCGGUCACACAUCCAUGUUAGACCUGGCCAGUUAGAAGUUCUCAAAGAGUUUUACAAGAUUACUGCAGGGGCAGCAAAGGAUGAGACUGGUCAUACAUCAAAGACAUGA